AUGACCUAUAAAGUGGCCCACAAGCAGUGUGACAAAUUUAUGUAUUCGUUGGAAAAAGGUAAAAAUUACUAAGAGAAAAGCCGAACACCAAACAUCCUUGCAUCAAGGAAAUUGCAAAUCCACCUAAACUGAGCACCAACUGCAUUAAGAACUUAUGGUAACACAUAUUGUUUUUUGCUGAUGCAGCCCAGCGAUUAGCAAGCAAGUUUAUGGUUUUAUGGUUCAAUUAUAUUUUGAUGGUUGCCAUAGCAACAUCUAAACUGGCAACAAAUUUCCAUGAAAGUGUGAGUCUCUUUAACCACUGUUCAAUUUUUUAAUGAAAAACUUUCAGUGGCAAAUUUGACGGGAAAAAAAUUUCGGUGUGGCUAGAUUGAGAAUCAAUACCGGGGUGUAGUCUUGACCACUUUAUUAAUGCAACGAAGUAUUCAAAUUCAAAUAGCAACAACCGUAAUCCUAAAUAGAAGCUAAUUGGUUCGAGCCAGUCGUUAACUCUAAUCAGUAUUGCCAGUGCUUCACUCUGAUCAAUUUUGUAAGAAUCCCGUAUGAAUAGCAAAUACAAGUCGACGUACCGGUCCCGUAUGAAUAGCCACUAAGUUUCUUUUUAUAGACCAGACAUUUGGAGAUUACUUACACAUUACAAAAGCUUGUCCAUAACCCAUUUACCUCAUGUACAUCUCUUGUUAAUUUGCAGGGGUUUGCCACACGAUUUGUCCUUUUUUCAGCCAUCGAGAAUGGGGGGAAUUUCACUGAAAACCAGAUUGACCAGCUGCGGAGACUUGGGGGUUGGUCUCCAAGAUCGGCAAUUGUCCACCUGUAUGUCAAAAGAAUUAUCGAAGAAUAUACUGACGUGGCCUCUCUUCUCACUCCAGGUAUCUCCAUGUUAGUGUUUCACUGUAUAUGGAGGCGUUUGCUAACGUAGCAGAGGACGUGAGCUAGUUGAUUCAACCUGCUGGACAAAUAAUGGACGUUAGGUGGACAUUCUUAGUUACAUCACUUUAACAACCCAUUUCAGUAACAGACUAUCGUGCCAUAAAAAGAAAGCACACUCAGAUUGGUCAAAUGUGCCAUAACUAUUUUUAUCAUCGCUGCACGUUAUGAUCCAGUGCCACCACAUAUCCACUACCUGUUAACAAAUUAAUAUUGCCUUGUGGGGUCGCCUGCUGUAGACACAAAGUAUGGGACAAAAGCCUAUAGAGCUUUCACGCUUGACAAGUGAUCCAGACAACCGUCCAUGGGGUUCAACAAUUACUUCCCUCCAAACCAUUCAGAUGCUUUAGACAUUUCACUAUAUUCAAACUCUCUUGGUGUUUGGUGACAUUUUUGUUUGGGGACAGCAACAUUGAAUUCCUGAUUAAUCUCUCAUAUACUUUUGCAGCCUAUUCUAGGAUUGCAAAUAGCUUCAUUUCAUAGGACAUAAAACGCAGUUCACUUUCAAUUUGCAUCAGAGUUGAUGUUUCAGUGCCUUGACAACAGUGUUACAUCUCUUAAACUAUGUACCUUUUCUUCUAGGACUAAGAACACCAUCGGAGAGGGAGGAGAGGCUGAAGCAGAUCCCAGCUGCCUAUAACUACAGACUUCAGCCUCCCUUGAAGAACAUCACCACACAAAGGGAGGCUGAAGAGCUGUACCCAGCUGAGUACCUGGCCUUCUUGGAAGCCUACGAGCCACUGAAGAAGGCAAAGGGUAAAUACAAAUUUUCUGAAAACAUUACAUCAUUCUAGCUUAGCUGGUAAUUCUGAUUGGCAGGGGGACGUUUGUAUGAGUGUAUUGUAAAAAGUAUUGCUGUACACAUGCUAAUCACACAAACAAGAUCAAAUUUUGUAAACGGUUUACCAUAUAGUUACCUCGCUCAUUUCCUAGUCAGAAGAAAAUUGAGAAAUCUUUAGAAACAGGCUAUAUCAUAUUUUCUUGUCAACAUUGUAUCAGGAAAAACCAAAACUUGGGAAACAUCUUUUGGCCAAAACAAAAACUGAGCAAGCAUACAAAACUUUUAUGCACAACACUUGGCAGCUGGUUACAAUUUCUCUUUAAAUCAUUGCCAUAAAUAAUAUAAUAAAGAGUUUUCCCUUUUCUCUCUCUAAAAAAUGCGUUCUGUAAAAGGAAAAACCAAAAGAAACCUUUUUCCACUGUGUAUGCAUACUCUGAUGUGAAACCCUUAAAGGGUUGGGAGAAUUCUCAAUAGCUAUGCAAACCCCAUUUAAUUCUCCCUCUCAUGAUAAUAUCAGUUAACUGCUUUGUAGUAAUCUGUCCAUUUUGUUUCAUAGAAGAAAAUCCCCCAAACCAGCGCAGAAUUGCGAAACUCAAAGAAACGGGGACACAAGCCUUCUGCAGGGAAAGAAACCUGAAGAAUCAUGAGGAGAGGAGACUAAAGCCGCCAACUCCUCCAAAACCAGUAAGUUAUUCUGUCCGAGUCUUGCUACAGUUUGAAGUAAAAUUGGCCAUAGGGAGGAGGGGGGAAUUGGCAAAUUAAUGUCAUGAUGUUGAUUUGGAAUCGAUGGGGGUUGAUAACUUUGCUGUUAUCUUACUCUUAAAUUACAGAAAACGACGAGGACACUAGAUAUUCUGGCCAUGUUGUCAGAAUGGGCAGAUGAAAUACCCCUAGAUGUGGUACACCUGGGCAUCAGGUCCAGGUGGGUGGCACCGGGACCACACGGGGUUUACCCUGUCCAGUUCCAGUGCCCGUUCGUUGGCUGUGAGGCCACCUUCUUGAAUGCCUCGGACUGUGACAGGCAUGACACAGUCCAGAAACAUCCCAAAAAGAGGCAGGGGGAUGCCAAGAACUGGCUCUGUCGAGGUAGGCACACAAGAGUACUGUACAAAAAAGAAGGAAAUGAGAUGGUCAUUUUACUGACAAUGGGAGUGAUAAUAUGUGACAAGCCAUUUACUUUCAAAACAAUCCAUAACUCUGGACAGCUAGAAGUUUGCUGCAUUUAUGCAAUUGUCUGA